AUGGCUCCAGCUCCUCUUGCUCUCCUUCCAGCCCUCCCAUCUGAGUUGCUCACAUACAUCCUAGCCUACCAAGACCAAACAUAUCCCACGACCAUCAUAAUAUGCAAGUCUCGGGCCAGCUUCCUCUCCUCUCUCCUCAACGCCAUCCCAGCGUCCCAUCCUUUCCCUUCUCGAGAGUCGUCCAUUCCGACAGGCGAUGAAGACCUAUAUUCUCCCUCAGAGACCCAGCCGCGUCAUCCGCUCCUCAUCCCAACUCUACACCAAAUCGCAACUUCCAGGCAUAUCAAUCUUGUCUUUAUACCCACGCUCUCGCAUCUCCGAGCCUACUUGGUUACAUUUCCACACCAGGCAGUGCGGCUACCGCCAGAGAAUAUCUCGAAAACAGGCGGGAGGGGAAUACCACUACUUGUUGUGUACGGUCUAGUGGAGCUACAUCAUGACACGAGUGAGUGGAGUGCACAAGGGUUGGGAAAUAGUCUUGCGGCGUUGGUUGAGGUUGGAUCAAGGAGCAGCGUGAAGAUUGUGUUGAUCGAGGAGAGGGAGAUCGAGGAGGAAGAUGUGCAGGUUGACGAGGUAGAGGAAGGGGAUAAAUGGAGGAAGUUAUCCAAGGUAUGGGAGCAGAAAGUCCCGAUUUUGAAUGGGAGUGUCAGACGAGCAGGGCUGGAUGUUGACGAUGCGGGGUGGAGUGGGAGGACAAUCGAGGUAGGCAGGAUUUUGGGAAGAUGGUUUAAAUUUGGCCGAGGAGAUUGGGUCAUAUAG